UAAUGAUCGUCAACUUCAGAUAGAAAAAUACCUUGGUUGAGAGCGCACCGUAUAGAUCAAUCACCUCAUCGUAAUACUGCUACCGAAGGGUUUUGCUGAUUUCGUAAACGAUCUCGACCAGGAAAACGACGAUGAAGACCUUAUUAUUUGCAGUCAUGGUCAUCUUGACCAUUUCGUCCAUCAACGGACAAGAUCUCGAAGGUACAUGUGACCCUUCUACAGGUAUCUCGGACACAGACUGCGAAGAAUUCAUCAAUAUAGGUGCCAUAGCUGUGAUAUUUGAGGGCCAAAAGGACGUUUUAACUGACGUGGAAACAGAACACUUCCAAGAGGUGAUCGCCAACAUGACCAACAAUUAUGUUUAUCUAGAAGUUUUGCCUGAGCACGUGAUCAUUGUCCAGCGUAUUCGUAACACCGUUACUAAUGAUAAGGGAUUCAACUUCUUCAUCCUGAACCCAUCUCGAUCGGAGUACAUGCCGGUAGCUCUCCGCAAACAGGAGCUAUACCUCAUGAUCAAGAUCAACAACGAGGAUAUCAACAACGCCAUGGGUGAGGAUUGGGUCGUCACUCCCAUAGAGCCUGAGUCAACCUAUCCACUGGCUAUUCCUGCUUGGGCUAUAGCUAUCAUCGGCUAUGUGGGCCUGCUCAUCUUCAUCUACUGCACCAUGGUGCUGACCAGUGAUUGGCGAAAGCAAAAGGCUGCAGAGUUCGAGGCAAAUCUUGAGAAGGAGUACUACGCAAACACCAAUGGAGUCUCGGUUGCAGACGAGAUCCCCUUGAAGAAGAUGGCAGUAGAGCACGACUACCAGGAUCUGGUACAUGAGACCAAGAAGAACGGAGGACCAUCUCAGAAGUCUAUAGGGGUCCAAACACCUCGCCACGUGGCUGUCCAGGUUGACCCAGAGGAUGUCGUAGCAAGACGUUCUUCGCCUGCACCCAGUCAGACUAGCACCACCGAAGUCGUGAUUGAAAAUGGCUAUUCGGCGAUCGACCACGAGCCCGCAUACGACUCUGCUGACGCACCAGACACCGCUCACACCGCUCCCGUGACAACCGAAGGCGACGCCGAUAAGGAAGCCGAUGAUGCAGCGGCGGCUAUAGAGGGCGCUGUUAAUGAAGGUUAUGCGGAAGAUGAACCUGAACCUGGCGUUACUCAACCUUCCACAAACCUUUAGCAGUCGAUCAAUACAAGAGAAAGGUUUCUGGUGUGUAGUGAUGGAAACUGACCACGGCACGACUUGACCUGAAGACACUUCUGUAUUAUUAGCACAUUUCCCACUUUUAUUAAUCACU